GCCCUGUGUCUCCCCACAGGCACGAUGGCAGGCCAAGAACACUGCAGCUGUUGCCCUUACCAUUCACGUGCAAGAUUAUUCCCUGCUACGUCUUUGCCUUCUUGUUAUGCAACUGGCUUUGUGAUUGGCCUUGCCUACUGAGCCGUGCCUGAGGGGGGAGCAGGGAUGAGUCGUAGGAACAUUUCAUAAGCUCUCUUGCCACCUGAGGAUGUGGAGAAAAGGGAGGGCAGCUGUCAUAGUGCUCAGCUAUAACAGAGAGACCGGGGGGAAGAAAGGGGGUGAACCUAGCCCAGGAGUCAGGCACUAAGAUCCUCCGUGUGGUGACAGCACCUCCAGUGCUGUGGUAGCAAGGAACUCCUCUGACAGUAGAAUAGCUGCAAGGGAGAGGCUGCUUUGUAUGCAGCACCUACUAAUGGAUAUAUCAGGAGCCUCCAAGGGUUCUGGAUGUCAAUGAAAGUGACAGGAAGCAAGGGGCUACUGUAACCUUAAGAGCGUCUCUGAAACUAGCAGAAAGAGUCAGCAAUGUCUAAUGGUUAGAACAGAGCUGGGUGUUGCAAGAGCUGGAUUCCAGUCUUGGAGCUGUCAUUGAUUUGCUAUGUGACCUUGGUAAAAUGGAGAGUGGAAGAUUAUCCAGCACAGAACAGGCGCUGAUCCGGGAGAGCUGGCAGAAAGUGAGUAGCAACCUCCUGCAGCAUGGCAUCGUCUUGUUUACCAGGUUGUUUGAUCUGGACCCUGACCUGUUGCCCCUUUUCCAGUACAAUUGCAAACAGUUCUCCAGCCCUCAGGAGUGCCUCUCAUCACCUGAGUUCCUGGAUCACAUUAGGAAGGUGAUGCUAGUGAUAGAUGCUGCUGUGACCCACCUGGAGAACUUGUCCUCUCUGGAAGAAUAUCUCACCAACUUGGGCAAGAAACACCAGGCAGUUGGUGUGAAGGUGGAUUCUUUCUCGGCAGUGGGAGAGUCCUUGCUGUUCAUGCUGGAGAAAUGCCUCGGUACUGCCUUCAGCCCGGACAUACGAGAGGCUUGGACCAGGCUGUAUGGUGCCGUGGUGAAAGCCAUGAGCCGUGGCUGGGAUGCACGUAAAGAGGGGGAAUAGACCUAGCAAGUUUAGGCUCUGGCUUUCCUGUUCUGAACCCAGCAGCAGCUCCGAGGAGAGCGUUGACUCUCCCUUCCAACCACGCCCAUUCCAGGGCCAUCUCAGUAGCCCUCUCUGUCUUGCUUUGAUAUUACCCACAUCUCUGCCUCUGACGAUGAUCAGUGUGAUCCCCCCUUAAUUACAAUGAGCCCUUGCAUCCUCUUCCAGGGGGCAGGGUAGAGCUGGGCUCAGCAUGCAGAGAUGGAAUGAGCUUGUCACAAACUGAAGCUGCCUUCCCUCAAAUUCCAAUAAGUUUGUCUCUCCACCUAAAUAUUCUCCUGGAGUCACUGCAGGUUGGCUAAUUCUUGCUCUUUUUUCCCUCUGCAUUUGCCCUAGAAUAGAUCCCCGGCCCAUCCUCAUGUAAGGUUAACCACAGCUGUGUGUAUUUCCUAGGGAGAGGCUGAGCAGUGUAGCUUUUUGAACGUGGAACUGGGUUAAUCCUAGUGUCAGGCGGCUCUUACCAGGUCUGAGCUGCUAGCUGGCUGGAUUUGGAGUGACUUGGCUGGCUGAUUUAACCUGAAAGCCAGCUGAAAUGCAGCAGCUACCAGUGCUUUUCAAAAUGUCUUCCCCCUAAAGUAAAUUACAUAAAGUACAAAUACAGACUUUUUGUAUUAGAAUUAAAGCGACAGAUGCAGCUUUCUCCUGGGAGCAGCUUCCAAAAAUCAUCCUGAUUCUUGGCCAAAGAGAAUAUAGCUGGAAUUCUUCCCAUUUACUUAUCAUUUACAUAUUUAGAGCUUCCUGGGCCCUUCGGGAUAACUCCUACCCAUCACUGAAAUGCAGCCACUCCUGGGGUUGAAUAAGAUGCCUGAUUAACAGCAUACAACAAUGCCGUGCUCCGCUUUAGGACAGGAAUUAAGUAAGAAUCCAAUAUCCAAUUGAAAAUACGGGAGGAAUGUUCAGGAGGUAGAAUGUGAUUACUUUAAUUAGAAUUUGACCUGAACCCCGGGAAUAAGUUCCUGACUCCUGUGAAAAGUGUCACAUGGGAUUUUAAAUGGCCCCACGUGGCUAGGAACUCGGUUUUAUGUCUUAUCUGAGACAUUCCUCCUCCAGAAGUACAGCGCACCCUGUUUGGGGCAUUGGUACUGCCUGAGGGAAGAGCAUAUCCUACUGAACGUCCAGCACUGCUUCCUACAGGACCUGGAUUUUCCAUGCAGAUCUCCCAUCCGAGCACAGACUAGCUACGACUCACUGUUCUGUUAAUGUAACUGCUACCCAGUGCCCUCGUGACCCGCACCUUGUAACAAGAGCUCACGUCUGUGGUUUUGGAGCAGCUCUGUGCCAGUUGGCCAGUUAGAGAAUCCUCAGUUGCAUAUUCUAGGGAGGGUAGUAUAGGUGUCCUGGAUAUGAAAUGCUCACUGAGUUCACUGCAUCUCUGAUGGCUGCAGCUUCCUUUUAGCCAAAGGGAUCCUUGUCUUCUCUCCUUAUAGGUUUUUGGGCUCCACUCUUCUUUCCUUCUUCUGCAGACUGUGACUAUGGCACCAGAUCUCCCCUCUUACUACUCUCUCUCUAAGGAAGCCAAGCUGGGUGGAUGUGGUAGCUUUCCUCUAACCUGCAACUCCUGGCUAGUUAGGGCAGGGGAAGCUGGGCCUGGAUCCAGGAGAACAGCGCUGGCUGUGCCUGUAUAUCCCAGGAAGGGGGAGUUAGGUGCUCCCCUGUGGAAUUUUGAAAGGUGAUCAGUACAUAUCCAAUACCUUCUCUGCUGCUAUAAACCUAUGAGGUCAAAGACUUGUUUGUGCAUGCUGUGGCUGGGUGGGCAGCUGCAUGCGCUGAAUAGAUGUAUAUGGGUAUGAACGACCCCUUGUCCAGCUUUCAUAGCUCCUUAAGCUCACCUGCUCUCUGCCAUGUUUUGUGUAAUUCCUAAGAGAAAUAAAGCAGCUG